CACACACACACAGCUUUUGCCGCUAGCCGCCGCGCGAUGCUAUCCGCCAUUGGAUUGGUUUAGAACCGCUUCGGCUCAAACGACUUCGCCCUGUCGUUUUCAUGGUUUUAUUUCCUCCUCUUCUUUGCUUUUUUGCCUUUUUUUCCCUUCCUGUGCCGAUCCUCUCUUACUCGUUACCUCGCUCUGCUCGGGUCUUUUACCAUGGUAUCAUAUCAUGCAAAAGAAAAAAUAAAAGGAAGAAAAAAAAAAGGGCUGAAAAGACCAGGGAACAUCGCAGCAGGCCCGGUAAUUUCCAGGAUGAUAAACCCAUGAACCUGGGCGAGGGGGGAAACCUUUACCUGCCCUGCCCUCCCCAUACGUGCGUCUGGGAGAAAGUGGGUUUCGCCUUUCUUUCUCUUCUACAUAGGAAGGAAAGUCUCUAUGUGAAUGACAAUCAUCUUCCCCCCCCGACGAACGGCAGCCAGGCGAGCAGGGAUCCUGGGUUCCGCGGGGUGGAGGAGUUGCGUGGCGCGUGGCUAUUCUUUUCCCCUAUGUACUGCGUACGUGACUCGUCCGUUCUCUCCCCCCUUCUCCGUCGUCUGCCGACUUGACACAUGUCUUGUCUUGGUCUCGGUUUGCGUCGCCGGAGACCACCCCGUCCCCCUCCCUAUAGGUAUACUCUCUGCUCUGGCGCUGUACUGGGACGCGUCGCCUGAUCUGCGUGCGUGCGUGCGUCUGUGCUCGUCCACCUCGCCCUGUCCCUUCUGCUUCCAAAUGAGAGGCUGGAAUACUACGGAGUACUGUCGGUGUAAGAGAAUGGUGCCAAGCAAGAUGGAGGCCCUUUCCUCGCCUCGCUUGGCUGGCGAGACAACAUGGGGAAGUUGGGAGCGGGUACUUGUGCCAAGAAAAGAAUCCCGCCGGGGGGGCGUAGAUCACGGC